UCUGACUGGGUUUUGAUUUGCACAAGGAGCCCCUGUGUCUGAGGGUGCUGAGAAAACCCGCCCACCCCAGGCAGCAGGGAGUGGCCAAGAUGGGAUGGGGGACAGGAGUCGGAGGGGUUUCGAGUUUCUUAAGCUCUACAGUCUGGAUGCUGGUGUCUGAGCUAUGUUCCUUCUCCCCCACCCUCACCUCCCUCCUCCAACACACAGGCGCAAUCUUCCUAAGAAUUCUGAGUCGGGAAGAAAGCAGGUGUCCAAUCGUCCUUCCCCCUCCUCCGCACCCACACAGGCAAGCAUCGGGUCUCCCUGCGCCCCGAGGGUCCCGGGUUAGCGCCUCUCACCCCAGGCUGGAAUCGUUAGCCCAUUAGGUUUGUCCGCCCUCCGCACCCCGGAUCGCAGAUUCCUGAGGUCCGAGUGCCCGGUUCUUCAUCUGUAAAACUCCUCAUAAAUUGUGGUGUGACUUGAAUAUGCCCCCAAGACACGAAAGGAGCUGAGAACAGUGCCAGGCACCUUGUCGGUGCUCUGUCCGCCACCUGCGAACGUAGGUGAAUGGACGGCGCCCCCCAGCCCGGCGCAGCGAGUACCUGUCUUGCGUCCGGGGCUCCCAGCAUUGCGCCCCCCGCUGCUCCUCCUGUCCUCUCCCGACCCAGCCACAGGUAGAGCCGAGCAAGCAGCCCCCAAGAAAUCUGCGGACCCUGGCCCGACCUCUGUCCUCGUGAAAGGAUAGGGGACUAACAUCAAUCGGGGCCUAUGGUGGCCGCUAUGCAACCCCGAGAUGGCUGUGUAGACAUUCCCAGUUUUCAGAUGAGGAAACUGAGGCCCCAACCCAGUGCCAGCACCGCUGUAUUCAGGCGCUCUGGUUUACAAACCCGCCUUCUCCCCCUCAUAGGAUUUCUUUGGGUUUCUCUGGGGCCCAGGCGGAAAGUCUGGGGACAAGGGACCAGGAAGUUUCUCGAUCCUGUGACUUACGCCCGGAUCGGGCGCCCUACUCCGGCGCGGGUGGGCGGGGCGCCCAGACUGUGCUGAGAGGCUGGACCAGGCGGCGCGGAGCGCGCGGGGGCUCCAGACCAAAGUCCGAGAGGGGCCACAGCGCGUCACGGGUGGUUGCCCCGCCCUUUGACCCUCGGGAUGCUGAUUAACCAGGCGGCCAAUAGGCGGUCGGGCAGAGGCGCGCCCCUCCGACGGCGCGGAACACACGGCUCUGGAGCGCGGCUCCUGGGGGACCAUGGAGAGCCCCGUGAGAGUGAAGGCUUGGGUGCAGGAGAACCGCGCCUCCUUCCUGCCCCCGGUCUGCAACCAGCUCCUGCACCAGAAGCAGCUCAAAAUCAUGUUCGUCGGGGGUCCCAACACCAGGAAGGACUACCACAUCGAGGAGGGUGAGGAGGUGUUUUACCAGCUGGAAGGCGACAUGCUUCUCCAAGUCCUGGAGCAAGGGAGACACCGGGAUGUGGUCAUUCGGCAGGGAGAGAUCUUCCUCCUGCCCGCUGGGGUCCCCCACUCUCCACAGAGGUUUGCCAACACAGUGGGGCUGGUGAUUGAGCGGAGGCGGCUGAAAACGGAGCUAGAUGCACUCAGGUACUACGUAGGCGACACCACUGACGUCCUGUUUGAGAAGUGGUUCUACUGCGAGGAUCUCGGCACACAGUUGGCCCCCAUCAUCCAGGAGUUCCUUAGCUCUGAGCAGCACAGAACAGGAAAACCCAACCCCGACCAGCUGCUCAAGGAACCGCCAUUCCCCCUGAGCACACGGUCCGUCAUGGAGCCCAUGUCGCUGGAGGCCUGGCUGGCUGGCCACCGCAAGGAGCUGCACGCUGGCAUACCCCUCAGCUUGUUUGGAGACACCUAUGAGACCCAGGUGAUGGUCUGUGGACAAGGCAGCAGCGAAGGCCCGAGACAGGACGUGGACGUGUGGCUGUGGCAGUUGGAGGGCUCCUCGGUGGUGACGAUGGAAGGACAGCGCCUGAGCCUGACCCCCGAUGACAGCCUCCUGGUGCCAGCUGGGACCACGUACAGCUGGGAACGAGGGCAAGGCUCCACGGCCCUGUCUGUGACUCAGGACCCUGCCCGCAAGAAGCCCCUGGGGUGACCUAUCCUCAUGCUGCGGGCCCAGAGCUGCCACAGGGUGCCCCCGAGCGCCACCCCUGCCGAGUAACCCUCCCAGCCCCACCACUUCUACGUGCACUGCUGCCGAGUGACUCAGCGUCUCCUGGGCCGGGUCCUGGACAUCACUGCCAUCCAUCCUCCUCCUGUCCUCUCCAGGAUUGCCAGGUUCCUGGGGGCCUAGCUCUCCUUCACCCCUAACAGCCUUCAGCCCACUGCCCUGCAGGGUUCUGCCGGGCGGACUGCUCCCUGAGGCCAGGGUCCUCUCCAUCCCUCUGUCCACAGGCUCAGCACAGCACCUGCCUGCUGCCCAAAAGGUCCUUAGUAAAGGCUUCCUGACAGACGGGCACCUCCGGGUCUGCACACACACAGCCUGUGAUCUUUGCCAGACACCUGGUGCUCCCAUGACUGUGUGCGUGUGCAGGGGGGAGGGAGAUCUGGAGCGCUGGGUGACCGUGGACCUCGUGGAGGGUCUGUGAUCGGGUCCCCCUGCUUGUAGAGAAGCCCUCAUGCUCUGUGUGUGGCGCCUCCAUGCGAGCUCCUAUGCCUGUCCUGCGGCACAGCUGAUGUCCCUCUGCCUCUUUCUCUUUCUCACUUACUCUUUUUACAUAACUUUAAAAUAUAGCAUCUGUUGAGGUUUCUCUCCCCAGUAACUGAA